CUGCGAGAUGCCGCCUAGAGCGGCUGCAACCAUAGAGCUUCAGCCUGGAGCGGCCCCGCCGCGGAGCGAACGGCGCAUGCGCUUAGUUUUGCUUCGCUGUGGCGGUGAGGAGGCGUGGGGUCUGCAGCAUGGCUCCGGUGCUGAACCUCAACAACGAGGUUGUGAAGAUGAGAAAAGAUGUGAAGAAAGCCAGAGUCCUGACCAUUCGCAGACUGACCAGACACAUCGGGAAACUGAAGUUGAAAAAGACUUCAUUUACAGGGGUUCAGAGGACUUGAAGCUAAAGAACCAAAAACGAGCUGAGAGAUUAAUAGAAGAAAUCCACGCUAUGAAGGAAAUAAAGCCGGACCAAGUUACCAGACUUGCACUUAGGAAAGAAGUUAAUUUUGAAAGUAUCUGCAGAAAGCCAAAGUCCACUGCAAAUGAGCGAGCUCUUGCAAGACUUGCAACACACCCCCUUCUGAAACCCAAAAUUGCUGAACUUAAAGCUGCUGUAAAAGCUUUUAAGGAUGCAAGACAAAACCCAGGUAAAGCCAAUCCUUCAGAAAAGAAGCCAGAAGCUCAGCCUAAAUCAGCACAAAACUUGAAUGAACAUGUUCUUAAACUAGUUCAAAAUCGGCAAGGAUUUGAAGACAAAACAAAAAUGAGUGUGAAAAUGGGAACUGUAGGAGGAGCUGAUAAACUCAGUGAGAGUGAACCUGAACAGGAAAUUAUGGAAAUGGAGAGAAUUCCAAAAGAGUUUUCGUCUCAGACAGUAGAAAUGCAAGCAGUCACUCAGACAGGAAAGAAACUUGUCUGUAAAAAAAGGAAAGAAAAUGUGAGCAUGAACAAAUUAACUGCAAUGAAAGAAAUAAUUAGGGAUGAUAGUGACCUGGAACAACAUAGUGAAGAGGAAUACUUUGAUGAUAGUACUGAAGAGAGGUUUUAUAAUCAGACAUCAAAUUCUGAUAGUGAUAGCAAUGAUGAUUUCUUCAUUGGCAAAGCAAAAAGAAAGAAGAAAACAGCAGCAGUUAAUGAUGUUUCUUCAGUAAAAGAAAAGAAUACACUUCAGAAAAACAUAUUGAAGGAAGAAAAGAGUACAGUAUCUGGAACAGUGCAGAAUUGGAUCAUGGAGGGAAAACCACAUGAUAAAGCUGGGAAGCUGGAAUCAGUGUUCUGUACUUCUUUGUCUACCUGCAAUCAGAAAUCCCAAAACAGAAGAAACACAAAAGACCAACCUGUCAAAAACAGACAAACAGCUCUUCUUAAAAAGGAACCGCAGCCCAAAAAACAAUCAUUUGCAAAAACCUCCAUUCUUAAACAUGAUGGUAAGAAUCCACGUUUGGAGCAGCCUCUUCAUCCUUCAUGGGAAGCAAGCAGGAGACGUCGGGAACAAAUGUCACAGAUUACAGCAUUCCAGGGCAAAAAGAUUAAAUUUGAAGACUAGAUUGUAUAUAAAUUGAGAUUUUAAAAUAUGAUUAUUAUAAAUUUGCAUCUUACAGUGUUUUUGUCAGUGGUAAAAACUGGAAUUUGAACAGUUCUUGGUAGUGUGGACAGAAAACAAUGUAGAAAUCUUCACUUAAAUAAUAUUUUACAUUUCUCAAGAAUUUAUGCCCAUUAAUCCAUGUUUGGGUGUCUUGAUAAUUCCAAUUCCAUAAUGCCACUGUUUAUGGAAUACGCCCCACCAUGACUGAAUGGAUUUUAAGAACAUCAUCUGUGCCAUGUAGGAGUAAUACAGAUUCUCUGAAGUUUUAUUUUUGUAAAAAUGUACUUUUAAGUACUUAAAGACUGCAUCUAAAGUUACAGGUAAGAACACCACUACUAAAGUGAUAAUCCUAGGUCUGUAUUAUCAAAUAACAUCUUUGAUGAGGAAAUCUCUUAAACUUGAACAGACUUUACAAAUUCAUGGAUGUGUCAGUUAGCUAUGAAAGCCAAUUAGUAAUGCACAUGUUCUGGGUAGCAAUAAAAUACUGGCCUGUUAAAUUGUGGUCUUUGUUGUUCUUGGGUUAUACUGCUGCUUCGAGAUACUGAAAGAGUGUCUUUAGUACUCCUGCCCUGGAGAUUGUAUCUGGGUGGUCUGCGUUUCUUGCACUUGUACAGUUAGAAGUCAUCUUUCUUAUUAGAUAUUGUUGAUAGUUAAACAAAUAUAAUGUAUAUAAAAAGAUACUGUUGGACAAAAAUCUUUAGUUAUUUAGUAUGUUUCUUCAGGGAUGUUCUCUGCAGCUUAAUUGAAAUAAGUCAAAAAGAGGGAUGCUAUAUGUAUAGGUUUAGUGGAAGCAGGCAGUGGUACAUCAUUCUAAGAUUCUCCUGUCUUCUGGUGUUGUAGCUCAGGGACUUACUGUGAUAUGGUAGUUUACUGUGUUUAAUAAUCCUCAAUAGAAAUCUCUUCCGCAGAUUUGUCUACUGUAAAAUCCGUUACAACUUGUGUACCCUCUCAUCUCUUGAAGAAGUGUGUCCUAUGUAUUGAACUCUGUGAAAAAGCAAUCUGUUUUCCUAUGUGUUAAGCUGCAACCUGAUAGGUUUAUUAAGUGCUUAUAAUGGUGAGAAAAGAAUUUUUUAACCCUUUGAAUGUCACUUUGGAUAGGGAAGGAGAUGUUGGGAAGAGCAGUGGAUGUUGUUUAUCUCAACUUUAAUAAGGCUUUUGUUGUUCUUUCCCAUGAUAUCCUUAUAGACAAACUGCAUUAAUACAUUAAUUAUUAAUAAAACUACAUAAAUUGAUAAUGAGGUGAACCAGAAGCUUGCUGACCUGCUGAGCUCCAAAGGUUUUGAAUAGCACAUAGCCAACAUAACUGAAGAGAGGUAACUAGUGCUUCAGUACUGAGCUUAGUAGUAUUUAACAUCUCCAUUAAUGAACUGGAUCACAGGACAGAGUGCAUAUACACAACUGGCAGGAAUGGCUUACAAUCCAGAUGGUUGUGCUGCCAUUCAGACGGACACGGACAGGCUAGAGAAGUGGUUAGAGGGAAAGUUUAAACUUUGUGAAGCUUAGUUAAGGAAAAUGGAAAGCGGGGCCUCUGGAAAGCAGUAACACUGUACAGUAGUCUGUGCUGGAUGCAAAUGGGAUGGAAAGCUGCUUGCAGGAAAGGACUUGAGUUUGUGGUGAAUACCAGCAGACCACGAGCCAGCAAUUCAUCCUAAUAGUAGAGAUGUCCAACUCCUUUUUAGACGAGCAGCAAGUUUGGAGAAGUGAUCUUUCUUCCCUGUUCAGCACAGGUGAGCCUGUAUCUAUCCCAGUCCCUGGAAGUUGUGGACUUUGCAGUACAAAAGAUGUGGACACAAUGGAGAAAGUCCAGCAAAGGGUCUCCAAGAUGAUAAAGGAAAUAGAGUAUCUGACGUACAGGGAGUGGCUGAGAGCUGGGACAGUUCAGCCUGUAGAAGGCUUGAGGAUCUUACCAGUGUUUGUAAUUACUGGGAGGGGAAGAAGAUCAAGACAGACUUUUCUCAGUACAAAAGAAACAACUUUGUCACUGUAAGAGGUCCAGUGUUGGCACAAGUUGUCCAGAGAAGAUGUGGAGUCUCCAUCCUCAGAGGUACUUAGAAGCCAUCUGGACAUGGUUCUGUGCAAGCAGCUCUAGGUGACCCUGCUUGAAUAGAAGGGUUGAGCCUGAUGACCUCUAGAGGACCAUGCCAACCUCAUCAAUUCCUUGUGAUUUUGUAAUACUCAGAGGAAUGAGUCAAGCAGAGACUUAGUGACUACCAUCUGUUGGUUAAAGCAGUUACUGGAAGCAUGUAAAAAUGCAGUCGCUGUGUAAUUCCUCAGUAUAUUCUAUUUACCAUGAUGUUACAGCCAAAUGGGAGGAACAAGGUUAGGUUUUUUUUUUAACACAGUGUGACCACCACUCUGUCUCCCUCCCUCCCUCCCUCUGGUAGACUUUGUAUCUUAAUACUUAUAUCCCAGUAUUUCUGCCCAUCCUCUUACUGUGUUCAGUUGUUGUAAGCUAAAUAUUACAGUGGUUCCUUGGAUUAUUAUUAUCCACGUAUGACUUUGCCCCUCAGGCCAAAUGUCUGUAAGUGUGGUAUUAUCUUACUGAAUUGCACUGAUGCUGAGAAGAACAGGAAAUUCAUAUAUCCUUCCAUCUCCCAGUGCUUUUUGUUGCUGUUAUUUUUAAUGUACCAUCUUGAAUGACAUCAAAUCUAAAGCCAGAAGCAUCACAAUAAAACAUGAAAAUGAGAAAGCAUUUUUAUUGUUCUUUUGUAGGGAAGGAUAAUCUUUUGUAGAAAAAGUCAUGCCACAUGCAAACUCCUCCAGUUUUCCAGAUGGAAAUGCUGAUCCUUAAUGCCUAAGAUAAAUAAAUGAAUAAAUAAUCCUAGUCAAAUGCUAUUCCAAACAAAUGUUUGACAUGUGACUUCUCUGGUUCCAGUGAAGGGCCAGAAGAAUUUCUUUUGUUUGCUGUCAUCGGUUCUAAUAUACUUUUUAAUGGAUGGUUGAUCUUUCCUUGAGUAGAUGAGCAUCAUAUUUUAAGAGUUGAUUCACUGAAAAGUUAAGGAAUGCAAAUAGUUUGAAACAAAAUGUCUUUUUGUGUGUGUUCUAAAGUGCUUUUCUGCAUGUGCUAGGAGAUCUAAGAGCAUUAGUUUGUCUUGGCAUUUGAGCAAAUUUCUUACUACAUUCUUGGAGCUGUAAUUUGUGCCCAUAGAAUUCUUCCUGAAGGAAACCUAGUUUAUCAAAACAUCUUUUUUUCCUCUUCAGAAACAUGACUGAACUUCUGAGCUCCUAUUUAAAAAAAAAAAUAAUGAAAAAAGAUAAGUUGAACAUGAAUGAGAGGAGGGAGAUUAGGUUGUUGGCAUUGCUUCAGAUUUUAAUAGGCCAUUACUACUUGUAGCUGGUGCUUGGUGACUCACCUGGAUCACAGCCUUAAUGUGCUGAGCAGUGUACAAAUGAGUGCUGAUGGCUGAGACUUGAUAAUAUUUAUUAUAAUGCAGCUGGGUGAUUUUUUGUGAGCUGAUAAACUCAACUGGAACUUGUUGAUAAAAGUUGAAAACAUUUUUUCUUCAUGGUGGCAAUAUUUUCCACAUGUACAUGAUGUUAACCUGGUUUGUGACAUCGUUUAGGCAGCGACCUCUCUCGAAGUAUGACCGAUUUAUUUUUCUAGUGAUAUGGGAAGAUAAUUCACUCUGUGAUUGUAAGAUUAAGAAUCCUGGAGAAUCAAGCUUUCCACUCCAUUACUGUACUACAGCAGAGAUGUUCUCACCCUGUGUCAAACACUCGCAGAGUGCUUUUAGGUGCACGGUGUUUUCACUUCAAACAAGCUCAGAUUUGUCAGUAUUUUUUUAAAAGACUGCCACAACAAUUGGACGUGUCGUUGCUCUGACUGCCUUUUCACAUGGAGUCAGAUCCACUGAGUUCUACACUCCAUGGGUAGUGCUUGCAGGAAUUCCUAGUUUGAAGCUCUUAGCUCUAACUGUAAUCAUUUCGUUAAAUUUUAGAAACACCACCACAUGUCUAUCUCAAAUAAUUCUACAUUUACUUUAUGAACUGCAUAGCAUAUGACAUCAUUUUUGUCUGCAUUUGCCCAAAGUCAAGAAAGUUAGAACAUUUCAACGUUUUUAACCAUAUUCUGCAUUAAUCCCUCAGUGAAGGGAGCAGGGAUGUUUCAUAAUUCAGCAUAUUUCACCAGUUUAGCACACAGAUUGCAGAGGCAGCAGGAUGUUGAUCUGUAUUCAAAAAUGUAAAUAAGGGAUUAAAUGUUUUUGGAGUAAGUGAGUGUUCAGUGCAUUAAUUGUUUUGCAUUGCAUUGACCAUCUACUACAGACUGCUCAAACAUUUUUUUCAUAUGAGUAAAGUUUUUAAUGCAGAAAUUCUUACAAUGGUUUCUGAGCUGCUGUUCCUACAGAGACAGCUGAUUUGGUAAAGGGAAACUUGAUCGACGAGGGCUGUGUCCAAACAAGCCACAUCUUAUGCUGUUAUGCCUUCACUUAUUAAGCUUUUGUGUAGUGCAAGAGGUAGUCAUCAUUAUUGCAUCUUUUCUUUUCUUGUGUUUUCCA